UUCCCAUUGAUCUAGGUCUUGACUAGGACGGCACAACUGCUUGCUUGGCUUUGUGGAGCUAUUGAGUCUACAUUUCGGGAGGAGGGAUCUAGCAACAAUGACUGGAGAGGUCCCUUGGCCAGAGGUUCCCAUCGGAAACCAGAAUCAUGCGAACGCCGCUGUUGUGAUCAUAGGAGGAGGUCUCAGUGGCAUGUGCGUUGCCAUUGACCUUCUCAGAAGGAACAAGUGUCGUAACUUCAUCAUUCUAGAGAAGAGCGCAUCUCUCGGUGGAACAUGGUACGACAACAAAUACCCAGGCUGCUGCUGCGAUGUGUGGUCACAGCUUUACAGCUAUAGCUUUGCCCAGAACCCAUCGUGGACUCGCGACUAUCCAGGCCAAGAAGAAAUCUUGCAAUACCUGUUGGGAGUCGCUCAAGAUUACAAGCUUCUGCAACAUUUCAGGUUCAACUCUAUGGUUCAGGAUGCGAAAUGGGACGAUGAGCUGAAGAAGUGGAAAGUCAGUGUCAAGACCGCGCCAGGUUCGAAAGAGGCAGAGUACACCCCAGAGUACGAGAUCAAAGCCGACUUCGUCGUCAGUGCUGUGGGCCAAUUGAACGUGCCUCAAUGGCCGAACAUACAGGGGCUGGACAAUUUCGAAGGUAAAAAGAUGCACUCUGCCAGGUGGGAUUGGUCGUACGAUUUGAAAGACAAGAAGAUCGCUUUGAUUGGCAAUGGUUGCACAGCUGUGCAGAUACUGCCGGAGAUUGCUAAAGUCGCAAAGCACGUCACAGUCUUCCAGCGCACACCAAACUGGGUUGUGCCUCGUCAAGAUGGUCCAGUCUCGCCUUUAUGGAGAUCGAUAUACAAAUACGUACCAGGUGUCCUGGCACGAAAGAGAGCGGCUUUGAUGGAUUUCCGCGAGUGGACAUACGGCUUCGUUGGUGAACCUGAUGGUGAAGUUGGCAAGACGUUCCAGCAAAUGUCAGAGGAAAUGAUGCGAGCUCAGAUCCCAGACCGACCAGAUCUGUGGGAAAAACUCACGCCUAAGUACAAGCUAGGCUGCAAACGUAUCAUCAUCAGCGACGACUAUUUCCCGGCCAUCAACCAGUCCAACGUCGUGCUUGAGACCCGGCCAAUCUCCAGCAUUGAGGGACGAGCAGUCAAGGUUGUUGACUCUUCGGCUGGGCCCGAGCAAGUCGUCGAUGCGGAGAGUGAUUACGAUCUCGUAGUCUGUGCUACGGGCUUCAAAACGGUCGACUUCAUGCAUCCAAUCAAGCUCACUGGAAUGAAUGGCCGCGAGAUCUCCGACAUCUGGAAAGACGGGGCUCAGGCUCUAUACGGCAUGGUCGUCGAAGACAUGCCAAAUUUCGGAAUGCUGUACGGGCCGAACACCAACUUGGGCCACAACAGCAUCAUUCUCAUGAUUGAAGCUCAAAGUCGAUACAUCAAUGGCCUGAUCAAGCCCGUCCUUGACGCGAGAAAGAGUGGCAAGGCACUAUCACUGCGGCCGAAGAAAAACGUCCUGGAAGAAUUCAACAAGCAGAUCCAGAGCGAACUACAGAACACCACAUUCAACGAUCCGAACUGUCACAGCUGGUACAAGAAUGAAGCAGGCUUGAUCACGAACAAUUGGAGUAGGACUGUCGUCGAGUAUCAGAAGAUGGUCGAGAACGUGAACUAUGACGACUUCGAGGCGGAUGGAGCCACGGAUCUUGUAAGCAAGAAGAAGUCGCUGCACGUUGGAAGAGUCAAGGAGGAGACGACUGUGAGCGAUCGCACUUUACUUAUGGGUGCUGUUGCUUCAGCUGCUGUUGUGGGAGGAUGGCUGCUACGGAAUUCGAGGUAUCUGCAGAGCGUGAGGGUGAAGUGAAUCACAGUUCUGUCUCU